UUCCCGGGGCUGCGCGAGGCUCCCGGGAGCGUCGGGCAGGGGCCGCCUUCCGGCUCGCGCAGCGGCGCCCGGGCAGCGGCAGAGCUCCGCCGGCCGCGAGCUCACAAAACAGCGAUGUCACAGAACUGAACACAUUUGUCACAAUAUGGAGUCUGGAGAGCGGUUAACGUCAUCAUCAGUCUCCUCAAGUGCAGCUGCUUCAUCUCCAGUGUCUUCUACACCUUCUGUAGCUUCUGCGGUUUCCAAGAGUGGCCUUACCACUGGAGCUGCGUCGUUGAGUUCCACAAUCAACACGGGUGAAUGGUGGCGAACAGUGGACUCUCACUCUCGCUCUGGGGCAGCUUUCUUCCCACCACUCUUGGGCAUCUCACCGCUCUUUGCACCUCCUGCCCAGAACCAUGAUUCUACUCCAUUCCACCCAAGAACUACAGGAAAAAAUAAUCGUGGCAGUUUAGAAAAAGGUAUAAAUGGAUCACUGAAUGGGAACAGUACCACUGCAGCAUCUGCUAUCAGCACAUCUGUACUAUCCACUAGUAUUGCAACAUCUGCAGGACAAGUGAAAGCUAUAACCUCAGGAGCAGGAGGCCGCAAGUACAACCAGGAGCAAAGCAAAGUUCAGCUUUUGGACACCAGAGCUGACAAAAUCAAAGAUAAGAAACCCAGAAAAAAAACAGUAGAAAGCUCCAGUAACAGUGACAGUGACUCAGGCUCCUCGUCAGACACAUCAAGUGAAGGCAUAAGCAGCAGUGAUUCUGAUGACCUAGAGGAGGAUGAGGAGGAGGAGGAGGAGGACCAGAGUGCUGAAGAGAGUGAAGAUGAUGAAUCUGAUUCUGAAAAUGAAGCACAUCAGGAAAACAAGAACAAGGUGCUAAUGCAUAGUGGUGUAAAAGAUAUGAAAACUGAUGGGCAAAAAGCCCACGAAAAGUCCCAAGAAAAAAGAACACACCAGCAGAUACCUCUUGUGUCUGAUUCCCAGACUCAUUCAUCAUUCCAGUCCCAGCAGAAGCAGCCUCAGGUUUUGUCACAGCAACUUCCGUUUAUUUUCCAAAGCUCUCAGGCGAAGGAGGAAUCUGUGAACAAACACACAAGUGUAAUACAGUCUACAGGAUUGGUUCCCAGUGUGAAACCUUUGUCGUUGAUACAUCAAGCCAAAAAGGAAGCCUAUUUAAAAAUCUUAGUUCCUCCUCCUGACCUACUCAAAGCAGGGAAUAAGAAUACCUCUGAAGAAUCCAUCCCUUUGAUCAGCGAUGUACGAUCAAAACGAGAACAAUAUAAACAGACAUUCCCAGCAGCACAGCUAAAGAAACAGGAAUCAUCUAAGAGCCUGAAGAAGGUCAUUGCAUCUUUGUCAAGCUCAAAACCAACAUCCAGUUCACCAGCUCAUCAAAAACUCACAUCUUUGGAAAACAACCAUUCUAAUCCAUUCCUGACAAAUGCACUUUUAGGUAAUCACCAACCCAAUGGAGUUAUUCAGAGCGUCAUCCAGGAAGUUCCUCUUGCACUUACUACAAAACAGAAAUCCCAAACCAAGAUCAAUGAAAGUGUAGCCAUUGCUAGCAGUACCCCCUUUUCUUUGCCAGUGAACUUGAGUGCAUGUGGGAAAAAAGCAACUGGUAACCGGACACUUGUUGUGCCCUCUACCUCUCCUAUGUUACCUGGUUCAGGAAAGGAUAAACCAGUCAGCAAUAAUGCAGUAAAUGCAGUAAAAACACAACACCGCCUUCCAUCUGCAAAACUGGUAGUGGAGCAGUUCAGAGGGGUAGACUCAGAUGCCCCCAGCAGUAAAGAAUCUGACGACUCAAAUGAUGAUGAUGACGACGAUGAAGAUGAGGAUGAUGAAGAUGAAGAUGAUGAUUCUGAUGAUAGCCAAUCAGAGUCUGACAGUAAUUCUGAGUCGGAUACAGAUGGGUCUGAAGAUGAAGAUGAUGAGGAUGAUAAGGAUCAAGAUGAAUCAGAUACAGACACUGAGGGUGAAAAAACUCCACUGAAACUGAAGAAAACUGGUUCCUCCAUGAAGAGCUCUUCCAUUGGUCCUGCGGCUCAUUCCACUCCACUAAAUCUCCAAGUAGCAAAGACCCCAAGCUCUGCACCAUCUGCCUUAUGUCCUGAGACCCAGCCUGCAGUUUUUCUUGGGACAACACCAUCUACUCUUACACCAAGUUCACACUGUGGCAUUUCAAAGAGACGAAGAGUAACAGAUGAACGGGAGCUGCAUGUUCCUCUGGAAUAUGGCUGGCAAAGAGAAACCCGAAUAAGAAACUUUGGUGGUCGUCUUCAGGGAGAAGUAGCGUAUUUUGCACCGUGUGGAAAGAAGCUGAGACAGUAUCCUGAAGUAGUAAAGUAUCUCAGCAGAAAUGGAAUAAUGGAUAUCUCAAGGGACAAUUUCAGCUUCAGUGCAAAAAUAGGAGUGGGUGACUUCUAUGAAGCCAGAGAUGGACCGCAGGGCGUGCAGUGGUGUCUUCUGAAGGAAGAGGAAGUCAUUCCCUGCAUCAGAGCUAUGGAAGGGCGUAGAGGACGACCACCAAAUCCAGACAGACAGCAUUCUAGAGAGGAAUCAAGAAUGAGACGUCGCAAAGGCCGACCUCCAAACGUUGGAAGCACUGAAUUUCUAGACAACACUGAUGCGAAGCUUUUAAGAAAGCUACAGGCGCAAGAAAUAGCUAGACAAGCAGCACAGAUAAAGCUACUGAGAAAACUCCAGAAGCAGGAACAAGCUCGAGCUGCCAAAGAAGCCAAAAAACAGCAAGCUAUUAUGGCAGCUGAGGAAAAGCGAAAGCAAAAAGAGCAGAUAAAGAUAAUGAAGCAGCAGGAAAAGAUUAAGCGUAUCCAGCAAAUCAGAAUGGAGAAAGAACUUCGAGCUCAACAAAUUUUAGAGGCAAAAAAGAAGAAGAAAGAAGAAGCAGCAAAUGCUAAAUUACUGGAGGCUGAAAAACGAAUAAAGGAAAAAGAGAUGCGAAGGCAACAAGCUGUUCUUCUCAAGCACCAGGAGUUGGAGAGGCAUAGACUAGAUAUGGUAUGGGAACGAGAGAGGAGAAGACAACAUAUGAUGCUUAUGAAAGCCAUGGAAGCGCGUAAAAAAGCGGAAGAAAAAGAGCGAUUAAAGCAAGAGAAACGUGACGAAAAAAGGUUAAAUAAAGAACGCAAACUGGAACAGCGAAGACUGGAACUAGAAAUGGCAAAAGAACUAAAGAAGCCUAAUGAAGAUAUGUGCUUAGCAGACCAGAAGCCUUUGCCAGAGCUGCCUCGCAUCCCAGGCCUUGUUCUGUCUGGAAGCACAUUUUCAGAUUGUCUCAUGAUAGUACAGUUCUUGCGUAACUUUGGUAAAGUUCUUGGCUUUGACGUGAAUACGGAUGUGCCUUCCCUGAGUACUCUUCAAGAAGGUUUGCUGAACAUAGGAGACAGCAGAGGAGAAGUACAAGACUUGCUUGUAAAGCUUGUCUCUGCAGCUGUUUGUGAUCCAGGACUUGUUACAGGAUACAAGGCUAAAACUAUUCUUGGGGAGCACUUACUGAAUGUUGGCAUCAAUCGAGAUAACGUGUCUGAGAUUUUGCAGAUAUUUAUGGAGGCUCAUUGUGGGCAAACUGAGCUUACAGAGAGCUUGAAGACAAAAGCUUUUCAGGCACAUACUCCAGCUCAGAAAGCAGCAGUGCUAGCUUUCCUUGUCAAUGAGUUAGCUUGCAGCAAAAGUGUAGUCAGUGAAAUUGAUAAAAAUAUUGACUAUAUGUCGAACUUGAGGAGAGAUAAAUGGAUGGUUGAAGGCAAACUUCGGAAUCUUAGAAUCAUUCAUGCAAAAAAAACUGGCAAAAGAGAUGCUACUGGAGGUGGUGAAGUAGGAGAGGAGCCGCAUUCUUUGGAAACAUCAACACCAGGCCGCAAACGGAGACGAAAGGGUGGGGAUAGUGAUUACGAUGAUGAUGACGAUGAUGAUAGUGAUGAUCAGGCAGAUGAAGAUGAUGAGGAUGAAGAGGACAAAGAAGAUAAAAAAGGAAAGAAGGCAGAAGUUUGUGAGGAUGAGGAUGAUGGAGACCAGACAGCAAGUGUUGAAGAACUAGAGAAGCAGAUUGAAAAACUGACAAAGCAACAAAGCCAGUACAGAAAGAAGUUAUUUGAAGCCUCACAUUGUUUGCGUUCAAUGAUGUUUGGUCAAGAUCGUUACAGGCGCCGGUAUUGGAUUCUGCCCCAGUGUGGUGGUAUUUUUGUAGAAGGCAUGGAAAGCGGCGAAGGUCUAGAAGAAAUUGCAAAAGAAAAAGAGAAGUUAAAAAAUGUAGAAAGCAUGCAUAUAAAAGAAGAGGUAUUUGAGAUCUCAGAAGAAAAAAUAAGCUGUUUAAGUACAACUCACUGUGAUCAAAAGGAAGAUCUGAAAGAAAAGGACAGCACUAAUUUGUUUUUACAAAAGCCUGGGUCAUUUUCAAAACUAAGCAAACUGUUAGAGGUUGCAAAAAUGCCACCUGAGUCUGAUGUUACACCCCAGAAACCUAAUGGUGGUGCAGCAAAUGGAUGCACUCCAUCUUAUCAAAAUACCUCCCAAAACUCUCUCUGCAGUCUUCAACCCAGCGUAUCACAAAGCAGCGAGAAGUCCGAUUCUCAUAAUCUUUUCAGUCCUGUUGCAAGCGGGACAGGAAAGUUUUAUAGUUCCCCAUUAAUUCCAAGUGAUCAGUUGUUAAAGCCUCUUACUGAGAAGAACAGACAAUGGUUCAGCCUUUUGCCAAGAGUACCCUGUGAUGACAUGUCAGUUACCCAUGUAGAUACACCAGCUACUGCAACGUCACUUACUCCUCAAUCACAUCCACCAUCAAAAUCACCUUCACCUGUUCCAUCACCUCUUCUGGGCUCAACCUCUGCACAGAGUCCAAUGGGAUUAAGUCCUUUUGCAUUGCCUCCACUGCAGCAGAUGAAGCCUGGACUACCUGUCAUGGGACUUCAGUUUUGUGGAUGGCCUACAGGAGUUCUUACUUCAAAUGUUCAAUUUUCAUCGCCUUUACCUACUAUUGGAUCAGGGUUGGGAAUACCAGAAGGGAACAGUAACUCAUUCUUGACAUCUAGUGUUCCUGCAAGUAAAAGUGAAUCACCAGCACUGCAGACUGAGAAAAUAGCUUCUGCCAUCUGUACAGCAGUGGAAGUGGCCAAGCCAGUAGAUCACCCAAACCCAAAACCAAUACCAGAAGAAAUGCAGUAUGGGUGGUGGAGGAUUACUGAUCCUGAAGACCUAAAGUCUUUGCAUAAAGUGCUGCAUCUCAGGGGAAUAAGAGAAAAGGCCUUACAAAAACAAAUACAGAAACACAUGGACUAUAUCACUCUGGCCUGCAUCAAAAAUAAGGAUGUUGCAAUUAUUGAUAUCAAUGAAAAUGAAGAUAACCAGGUAACUCGAGAUGUUGUGGAAAACUGGUCAGUAGAAGAACAAGCAAUGGAGGUGGACCUUGCUAUUCUUCAGCAGGUGGAAGAUCUAGAGAGGAGAGUUGCAUCAGCUAGUUUGCAAGUUAAGGGCUGGCUGUGUCCUGAACCUGCAUCAGAAAGAGAAGACUUGGUAUAUCAUGAACAUAAGUCAAUUGUUAGAUUGCACAAGAAGCACGAUGGAGAUAGUGCUGGAGGCGGAGAAGGCAGUACCAGCUCUCUAGAGCGGAAGAGUGACAACCCUCUAGAUAUAGCUGUAACCAGACUUGCUGACUUGGAGCGGAACAUAGAGCGAAGGUAUCUGAAGAGCCCCUUAAGUACCACCAUUCAGAUCAAACUGGAUAAUGUGGGCACAGUUACUGUCCCUGCUCCUGCACCAUCCAUUAGUGGUGAUGGUGACGGAACUGAAGAGGAUAUUGCUCCAGGGCUAAGGGUAUGGAGAAAGGCAUUGUCAGAAGCACGAAGUGCUGCACAGGUAGCUCUGUGCAUUCAGCAAUUACAGAAAUCGAUAGCAUGGGAAAAAUCUAUCAUGAAAGUUUACUGCCAAAUAUGUCGAAAGGGAGAUAAUGAGGAACUGCUGCUGCUUUGUGAUGGUUGCGAUAAAGGCUGUCAUACCUACUGCCACAGACCCAAGAUCACUACCAUACCAGAUGGUGACUGGUUUUGUCCUGCCUGCAUAGCAAAGGCAAGUGGUCAAUCUCUAAAAUUAAAAAAACUUCAAAUAAAAGGAAAAAAAAGUAAUGAACAAAAGAGAGGCAGGAAAUUACCAGGAGAUACAGAAGAUGAAGACUCUGCAACUACUAGCACCUCGUUAAAAAGAGGAAAAGCAGACCCUAAAAAAAGGAAAAUGGAUGAAAGUGUUUCUGUAAGCCAAGGAAAGCAAGAAAAUUUCACUGCUAUAAAGAAACCUAAAAGAGAUGAUUCCAAGGACCUGGCUAUAUGCAGCAUGAUUCUCUCAGAAUUGGAAACUCAUGAGGAUGCUUGGCCUUUCUUACUUCCUGUAAACUUGAAACUUGUUCCUGGUUAUAAGAAAGUUAUUAAAAAGCCUAUGGACUUUUCCACCAUUAGAGACAAGCUAACUAGCGGACAGUACCCUAAUGUUGAAGCAUUUUCGCUAGAUGUCAGGCUUGUUUUUGACAACUGUGAAACCUUUAAUGAAGAUGAUUCUGACAUAGGCAGGGCUGGCCACAACAUGAGGAAAUAUUUUGAAAGGAAAUGGACUGAGAUUUUCAAACUGAGCUGAAGUUACCAGAACUCAUUUUUCCCCUUAAAUGAGGACUGAUGAGACCAGCAAUGUGAACGUGAAAGUGCAAGGCUCCUGCAUAACUAAUGACUGCUCUUCUUCCUUAGAAGUAUCACAAAAAAGUGAUAUUAGUUCUAAAGGCUUCACUCCUACAGCAACCAUGGCCCCUUGGUUCUUGGUUUGUAUGUUUUAACAAACUAAUUUAGGUAGAACAGGGAAGCACACCCAAAGAAUUUCAAAGAAAGGGGUGUUAUAGUGCAAUAGCAAUUUAAAAUAUAUCAAAACGCACUGAAUAUUCAACCACCAGAGCUCUACUCGGGAAAAUGGUUCUUUUUCCCUUCCAAUAAAUAUCUAUUUUUCAUUUUU